AUGUAUCCCUCAGUGGCUGUCCAAUCUUUCUCACUUUCUGGCCAUUAUUGUUUCGCAAGCAUCCUGAUGACCGUAACGAACAAAUAUGUUCUUAGUGGCUUUGAGUUCAAUAUGAACUUUCUGUUAUUAUCUGUCCAGAACAUUGUUACUGUAACUCUGCUUCAGAGUUUCAAAUUCUUCAAUCUGAUCAAGUUUCGCGGAUUUGAUAAAGAUGAGGCCCGUAAAUGGAUGCCGAUUGCUGCUUCUCUUGUAGCAAUGAUCUACACUGGAUCCAAAGCAUUACAGUUUCUCAGGAUUCCAAUCUAUACUAUAUUCAAGAAUCUCACGAUUAUUCUGAUUGCUUAUGGCGAGGUUAUUUGGUUCGGUGGCGCCGUUACCCCUAUUAUUAUGAGUUCUUUUGGUCUUAUGAUCCUAUCUUCAGUGAUUGCCGGCUGGGCCGACAUUUCAGACACUCUCUCGAGCAUUAUCGAUCUGGAUACAACAUUAAUUGGAUAUUUCUGGAUGGCUACAAACUGUUUAUCUUCUGCAGCCUUUGUCUUGUACAUGCGCAAGAGGAUCAAGCUCACAAAUUUCAAGGAUUUUGAUACCGUAUACUACAACAACCUGCUUUCUAUUCCUCUCCUUAUUGUCCCCAGUUUGAUCUUUGAAGAUUGGAGUUCCGAGAAUUUGGCUAGAAAUUUCCCAGCUGAUGUUCGCGAGCAGAUGGUGUACGCUAUGAUUUUCUCGGGCGUCUCAGCCUUUGUAAUGUCCUAUGCCUCUGCAUGGUGUGUACGUACUACAUCAUCUACCACAUAUUCCAUGGUUGGUGCCCUGAAUAAACUUCCUCUGGCUGCCUCGGGUAUUUUGUUCUUUGGUGACCCAGCUACCUUUGGAAACGUGACAGCGAUCAUUAUUGGUUUUGUGGCUGGUCUGGUAUAUUCGUAUGGAAAGACCGCUGGAAACAAUAAGCCAAAAGGCCAUCAGCCCCAGAGUUUUCCAAUGUCGGCAUCAAGUCAGAGUGCAAUGGAUGCAGCAAAGGCGCCUAAAUAAAGGCUGGCUAUUUUCCGUGUAUCUUUGACAUGAGAUAAUGUAUUACAUACGCACUACACAUACAAGCACACACUACACACACAUUACACACUACACACACAUUACACACUACACAUACUACACAUACUACACACAUUACACACUUACCCACCUACUCACUCACUCACUCACAUAUACAUAUAUUGCCCGCAUCGUUAUGUUUUUCUUUUUUAUAUAUAUUCGAAAAGAAUAAAGUACCAUUUGCUUUUAUUAUAGUAUAUACUCUUUAUAUACAU